GAAGUGUGCGCGCUGCUCAUCCACGUGACCCGCCUGGUUCCUCUCAGCCAGGAACACCUGGUCAUCAAGCUAUGUCAGCUCACACACCACCUCCUCAACCAGCUACAGGUACCGCUCACACACCACCAGGUACCACCCACACACCACCAGGUACCACCCACACACCACCCCCUCAACCAGGUACCACCCACACACCACCUCCUCAACCAGCUACAGGUACCGCUCACACACCACCAGGUACCACCCACACACCACCAGGUACCACCCACACACCACCAGGUACCACCCACACACCACCUCCUCAACCAGGUACCACCCACACACCACCCCCUCAACCAGGUACCACCCACCUCCUCAACCAGGUACCACCCACCUCCUCAACCAUGUACCACCCACACACCACCCCCUCAACCAGGUACCACCCACCUCCUCAACCAGGUACCACCCACACACCACCCCCUCAACCAGGUACCACCCACCUCCUCAACCAGGUACCACCCACACACCACCCCUCAACCAGGUACCAACCCACACACCACCCCCUCAACCAGGUACCACCCACCUCCUCAACCAGGUACCACCCACACACCACCUCCUCACCAGGUACCACCCACACACCACUCCUCAACCCAGGUACCACCCACACCCACCUCAACCAGGUCCCACCCACCUCCUCAACCAUGGUAACCACCCAACCACACCACCCCCCUCAACCAGGUACCACCCACCUCCUCAACCAGGUACCACCCACACACCACCCCUCAAACCAGGUACCACCCACCUCCUCAACCAGGUACCACCCACACACCACCCCCUCAACCAGGUACCACCCACCUCCUCAACCAGGUACCACCCACACACCACCCCCCCCCAACCAGGUACCACCCACCUCCUCAACCAGGUACCACCCACACACCACCCCCUCAACCAGGUACCACCCACACACCACCACCUCAACCAGGUACCACCCACCUCCUCAACCAGGUACCACCCACACACCACCCCCUCAACCAGGUACCACCCACCUCCUCAACUAGGUACCACCCACACACCACCUCCUCAACCAGGUACCACCCACACACCACCACCUCAACCAGGUACCACCCACCUCCUCAACCAGGUACCACCCACACACCACCUCCUCAACCAGGUACCACCCACACACCACCUCCUCAACCAGGUACCACCCACCCCUACUCUCUGUAACUGUGUGUGUGUGUGUGUGUGUGUGUAGGUGAUAGUGGACGAGCAGACGCUGGAUGUGUGUGUGUGUUACGUGGUCCGUGCGCUGGGCGUGUGUAGCCCCUGGACUCACAGUGAGGUGCUGCAGGCUUUGUCUACUCUGAUCUAUGGAAACGGACCUCGCUGCAACCGGGUAGGUGGGGUGGGGGGUGGGGGUGAGGCGGCGGGGGGGUGUGAGGGUGAGGUGUGUGUGACAUGCAUGUUCUCUCGGUGUUGCAGCACCUGAGUGAGUUGCUAGGUGAUGGUGGAGUACUGCGUCUCUAUAGCGACCCGUCUCAGCCAGACAUGGAGCUGCGCCGUGCUGCGCUCACCUGUAUGGCUAACAUCUGUCUGGGGUAGGAUGCACCAUACCAUACCCCACCAUAACAUACCAUACCAUACCCCACCAUUACCCCACCAUACCCCAUCACCCCACUAUACCAUACCAUACCCCACCAUUACCCCACCAUACCCCAUCACCCCACCCUACCACCCCACCCCACCAUACCCCACCAUACCACACCGCUCUACACAUAUCAAUCUGUUUGGUGUUGUACACUGUUUUGACUGUGUGUGUGUGUGUGUGUGUGUGUGUGUGGUGUGUGUGUGGUGUGUGUGUGUGUGUGUGUGUGUGUGUGUGGUGUGUGUGUGUGUGUGUGUGUGUGGUGUGUGUGUGUGUGUGUGUGUAUAGUGUCCCAGGGCAGGCGGCACUAGAAGACCCCUACAGGAGUUUGUGUUUCAGAGUCUUCCUGCAGACGCUCCAGUCUCCCAAACCCCCCGACGCUGACGAACUGCUCUACUGCACGGUACCCAGAUCCCUUACUAGGGUUUAGUAGGGGGGACCAGGAUCCCUUACUAGGGUUUAGUAGGGGGAACCAGGAUCCCUUACUAGGGUUUAGUAGGGGGAACCAGGAUCCCUUACUAGGGUUUAGUAGGGGGAACCAGGAUCCCUUACUAGGGUUUAGUAGGGGGAACCAGGAUCCCUUACUAGGGUUUAGUAGGGGGAACCAGGAUCCCUUACUAGGGUUUAGUAGGGGGAACCAGGAUCCCUUACUAGGGUUUAGUAGGGGGAACCAGGAUCCCUUACUAGGGUUUAGUAGGGGGAACCAGGAUCCCUUACUAGGGUUUAGUAGGGGGAACCAGGAUCCCUUACUAGGGUUUAGUAGGGGGGACCAGGAUCCCUUACUAGGGUUUAGUAGGGGGAACCAGGAUCCCUUACUAGGGUUUAGUAGGGGGAACCAGGAUCCCUUACUAGGGUUUAGUAGGGGGAACCAGGAUCCCUUACUAGGGUUUAGUAGGGGGGACCAGGAUCCCUUACUAGGGUUUAGUAGGGGGAACCAGGAUCCCUUACUAGGGUAUAGUAGGGGGAGCCAGGAUCCCUUACUAGGGUUUAGUAGCGGGAACCAGGUUACUGAGAUUUACAGAGACUUCCCGCCCAAACCCCGUCUCCCCACUAAUAAACACCAAGUCGGAGCCCAAUCUCGUAGUCUUCAUGUGCUUGAAAACCUUCUACACUGAACAACAAUAUAAAUGCAACAUGUAAAGUGUUGGUCCCAUGUUUUAUGAGCUGAAAUAAAAGAUACCCGGAAUGUUCCAUACGCACAAGAAGCGUAUUAUUCUGAAGCUCAUCUGCGUGCUCGUCGUCCUGACCAGGGUCUUGACCUGACUGCAGUUCGGCGUCGUAACCCACUUUAGUGGGAAAAUGCUCACCUUCGAUGGCCACUGGCACGCUGGUGAAGUGUGCUCUUCACGAAUGAAUCCCGAUUUCAACUGUACCGGGCAGAUGGCAGACAGCGUGUAUGGCGUCGUGUGGGCGGGUGGUUUGCUGAUGUCAACGUUGUGAACAGAGUGCCCCAUGGUGGCGGUGUGGUUGUGGUAUGGGCAGGCAUAAGCUACGGACAACGAACACAAUUGCAUUUUAUCGGUGGCAAUUUGAAUGUACAGAGACACCGUGAUGAGAUCCUGAGCCCUAUUGUCACGCCAUUCAUCCGCCGCCAUCACCUCAUGUUUCAGCAUGAUAAAGCACGGCCCCAUGUCACAUGGAUCUGUACACAAUUCUUUGGAAGCUGAAAAUGUCCCAGUUCUUCCAUGGCCUGCAUACUCACCAGACAUGUCAACCAUUGAGCAUGUUUGGGAUGCUCUGGAUCGACGCGUACGACAGCAUGUUCCAGUUCCCGCCAAUAUCCAGCAACUUCACACUGGCAUUGAAGAGGAGUGGGACAACAUUCCCACAGGCCAUAAUCAACAGCCUGAUCAACUCUAUGCGAAGGAGAUGUGUCGCGUUGCAUGAGGCAAAUGGUGAUCACACCAGAUACUGACAGGUUUUCUGAUCCACGCCAAACCUUUUUUUAAAGGUAUCUUUGACCAACAGAUGCAUAACUGUAUUCCCAGUUGUGAAAUCCAUAGAUUAGGCCCUAAUUAAGUUACUUCAAUUGACUGAUUUCCACAUAUGAACUGUAACUCAGUGAAGUUGUUGCGUUUUUAUAUUUUUGUUCAGUGUGAAUUGCGUGACACAUUCUUCCUUCAGGCUCGCUGAAGAGUGAAUAAUUUAGGAAAUGCUUGUGAGGUAUUAUAGCCAGGAAGGCGGGGCUUCCGAGGGCGGUCUCGGCAUCCGUUGGCCAAUUGGGCGUGAUUUCACUUUGCUUCAGGUGAAUAGGAUUGAUCGUUGACUCACCACAGUAGUUAUACCGACUGAAAGGGAAACCCUCCCGUUUCCCUGUGAGAAACUGAACUGAACUAUAAUGGAAAGCAGGAAGGAAUGAAGCAGCAUUAGAGAGAGAGGGAGGGGCCAAUACACUGUUUAUUAUUUAAGGUAUAGAUGAGUCAGCCUACUCAUUUACUGUACUGUUAGUUCCUCUAUUUAUAUAUACACUGUAUAUACUUGUUCUCCCCACUGUAUAUAUAUAUACAGUGUAUAUACCUGUUCUCCCAACUGUAUAUAUAUGUAUGUAUAUAUGUAUAUAUGUAUACUGUAUGAGUCAGCCUACUAAUUUUACAAAUGUAAAAUAGGCCUUAUUAUAUUUCAAAAUUAAAAUCUAAAUGGCUACCCUAUAAUUGUAACUUUGUAGGGCACAUGUCCUGCACCAGCAUCACAUGUUAUCUCCCAGCUUCAUGGUUUGAACGAGGUGCGUAAUUCACCUAAUACAGUACACUGAGUUGAGUUGCAUUAAGGACACCUUCCUAAUAUUGAGUUGCACCCCCUUCACCACCCUCAGAACAGCUACAAGGUGUCGAAAGCGUUCCACAGGGAUGCUGGCCCAUAUUGACUCCAAAUGCUUCCCACAGUUGUGUCAAGUUGGCUGGAUGUCCUUUGGGUGGUGAACCAUUCUUGAUGCACACCGGAAACUGUUGAGUGUAAAAACCCAGCAGCGCUGCAGUUCUUGACACUCAAACCGGUGCGCCUGACACCUACUACCAUACCCUGUUCAAAGGCACUUAAAUAUUUUGUCUGGCCCAUUCACCCUCUGAAUGGAACACAUACACAAUCCAUGUCUCAAUUGUCUCAAGGCUUAAAGAUCUUUCUUUAACCCGUCUCCUCCCCUUCAUCUACACUGAUUGAAGUGGAUUUAACAUGUGACAUCAAUAAGGGAUCAUAGCUUUCACCUGGUCAGUCGGUCAUGGAAAGGGCAGUUACCUUAAUGUUUAGUACAGGACAGCAAUACAGUCCACACUCAACAAGUGUUUCAUUUAUUUACCCAAGAAAGGAUAGCUACAUCUAUUGGCUUUUAUGUUUUUCUGUCGUAGUGUACGUUAGCCUAUCAUAUAUAUUAGAAAACGGAACAUUCAUUUGUGCUUUUUGGGUCUUGUGCUAAUAAAAUGUGUAAUGUAGGGCUCAUGAAAUGUCUUUAAUGUAGGAAACAUCUGGCUCAGGUAGCAUCAGGCCAAUCAAAGCUUUAAUCAAAUCCAGACAUACAGGGCCUUCGGAAAGAUUUCAGAACCCUUUACUUUUUCCACAUUUUCAUUUAUCUACACACAAUUCCCCAUAAUGCCAAAGCAAAAACUGGUUUUUAGAAAGUUUUGCAAAUGUAUUAAAUUAAAAACUGAUAUCACAUUUACAUAAGUAUUCAGACCCUUUACUCAGUACUUUGUUGAAGCACCUUUGGAAGUGAUUACAGCCUCAAGUCUUCUUGGGUAUGACGCUACAAGCUUGGCCCUGAUCUCUCUUUUGACGAACAUAUCAAGACUGUUUCAAGGACAGCUUUUUUCCAUCUACGUAACAUUGCAAAAAUCAGAAAUUUUCUGUCCAAAAAUGAUGCAGAAAAAUUAAUCCAUGCAUUUGUUACUUCUAGAUUAGACUACUGCAAUGCUCUAUUUUCCGGCUACCCGGAUAAAGCACUAAAUAAACUUCAGUUAGUGCUAAAUACGGCUGCUAGAAUCCUGACUAGAACCAAGAAAUUUGAUCAUAUUACUCCAGUGCUAGCUUCCCUACACUGGCUUCCUGUUAAGGCAAGGGCUGAUUUCAAGGUUUUACUGUUAACCUAUAAAGCGUUACAUGGGCUUGCUCCUACCUAUCUUUCCGAGUUGGUCCUGCCGUACAUACCAAUACGUACGCUACGGUCACAAGACGCAGGCCUCCUAAUUGUCCCUAGAAUUUCUAAGCAAACAGCGGGAGGCAGGGCUUUCUCCUAUAGAUCUCCAUUUUUAUGGAACAGUCUGCCUACCCAUGUGAGAGACGCAGACUCGGUCUCAACCUUUAAGUCUUUACUGAAGACUUAUCUCUUCAGUAGGUCAUAUGAUUGAGUGUAGUCUGGCCCAGGAGUGUGAAGGUGAACGGAAAGGCUGGAGCAACGAACAGCCCUUGCUGUCUCUGCCAGGCCGGUUCCCCUCUCCACUGGGGUUCUCUGCCUCUAACCCUGUUGCAGGGGCUGAGUCACUGGCCUGCUGGUGCUCUUUCAUGCCGUCCCUGGGAGGGGUGCGUCACUUGAGUGGGUUGAGUUACUGACGUGAUCUUCCUGUCUGGGUUGGCGCCCCCCCCCCCCCUUGGUUUGUGCUGUGGUGGAGACCUCUGUGGGCUAUACUCGGCCUUGUCUCAGGAUUGUAAGUUGGUGGUUGGGGAUAUCCCUCUAGUGGUGCGGGGGCUGUGCUUUGGCGGAGUGGGUGGGGUUAUAUCCUUCCUGUUUGGCCCUGUCCGGGGGUUUCUUCGGAUGGGGCCACAGUGUCUCCGGACCGCUCCUGUCUCAGCCUCCAGUAUUUAUGCUGCAGUAGUUUAUGUGUCGGGGGGCUGGGGUUAGUUGGUUAUACCUGGAGUACUUCUCCUGUCUUAUCCAGUGUCCUGUGUGAAUUUAAGUAUGCUCUCUCUAAUUCUCUCGUUCUCUCUUUCUCUCUGAGAACCUGAGCCCUAGGACCAUACGUCAGGACUACCGGGCAUGAUGACACCCUGCUGCCCCCAGUCCGCCUGGCCUUGCUGCUAUUCCAGUUUCAACUGUUCUGCCUGCGGCUACGAAACCCCUACCUGUCCCAGACCUGCUGUUUUCAACUCUAAAUGAUCGGCUAUGAAAAGCCAACUGAGAGACCUGAGCCCUAGGACCAUACGUCGGGACUACCGGCCGUGGUGACUCCUUGCUAUCCCCAGUCCGCCUGGCCUUGCUGCUAUUCCAGUUUAAAACUGUUCUGCCUGCGGUUAUGGAACCCCUACCUGUCCCAGACCUGCUGUUUUAAACUCUAAUGAUCGGCUAUGAAAAGCCAACUGAGAUUUAUUCCUGAUUAUUAUUUGACCAUGCUUGUCACUUAUGAACAUUUUUGAACAUCUUGGCAUGGUUCUGUUAUAAUCUCCACCCGGCACAGCCAGAAGAGGACUGGCCACCCCUCAUAGCCUGGUUCCUCUCUAGGUUUCUUCCUAGGUUUUGCCUUUCUAGGGAGUUUUUCCUAGCCACCGUGCUUCUACACCUGCAUUACUAGCUGUUUGGGGUUUUAGGCUGGGUUUCUGUACAGCACUUCGAGAUAUUAGCUGAUGUAAGAAGGGCUAUAUAAAAUAAAAUUGAUUGAUUGAUUGAUUGAAGCUUGGCACACCUGUAUUUAGGGAGUUUCUCCCAUUCUUCUCUGCAGAUCGUCUCAAGCUCUGUCAGGUUAGAUUGGGAGUGUCGCUGCACAGCUAUUUUCAGGUCUCUCCAGAGAUGUUCGAUCGGGUUCAAGUCCGGGCUCUGGCUGGGCCACUCAAGGACAUUCAGAGACUUGUCCCAAAGCCACUCCAGCAUUGGCUUGGCUGUGUGCUUAGGGUCGUUGUCCUGUUGGAAGUUGAACCUUCGCCCCAGUCUGAGGUCCUGAGCACUCUGGAGCAGGUUUUCAUCAAGGAUCUCUCUGUACUUUGCUCCGUUCAUCUUUCCCUCGAUCCUGACUAGUCUCCCAGUCCCUGCCGCUGAAAAACAUCCCCACAGCAUGAUACUGCCACCACCAUGCUUCACCGGUCUGAAUACUUUCCGAAUGCACUGUAUAUGCCUUAGAAUGACACGGGAAAUGGCGGGAAAUACCGGGUUACCAGGGAGAAAAGUGAAUUAAAUCAAAUCAAAUGUUAUUGGUCACAUGCACCGAAUACAACAGGUGUAGACUUUACAGUGAAAUGCUUCCUGACGAGCCCAUUCCCAACAGUCCAAAUGAACUGUGUGUGUAGGGGGGUUAGGGUGAAGGGGUUAGGGUGAAGGGGUUAGGGUGAAGGGGUCAGGGUGAAGGGGUCAGGGCUCCACUAACUGUGUGUGUGUGUGUGUAGGUGAUCCAGGGAGCGGUGAAGGGGUCAGGGUGAAGGGGUCAGGGUGAAGGGGUUAGGGCUCCACUAACUGUGUGUGUGUGUGUGUGUAGGUGAUCCAGGGAGCGGUGAAGGGGUUAGGGUGAAGGGGUUAGGGUGAAGGGGUCAGGGCUCCACUAACUGUGUGUGUGUGUGUGUGUGUAGGUGAUCCAGGGAGCGGUGAAGGGGUUAGGGUGAAGGGGUUAGGGUGAAGGGGUCAGGGCUCCACUAACUGUGUGUGUGUGUGUAGGUGAUCCAGGGAGCAGUGAAGGGGUUAGGGUGAAGGGGUCAGGGCUCCACUAACUGUGUGUGUGUGUGUGUGUAGGUGAUCCAGGGAGCGGUGAAGGGGUUAGGGUGAAGGGGUUAGGGUGAAGGGGUCAGGGCUCCACUAACUGUGUGUGUGUGUGUGUGUAGGUGAUCCAGGGAGCAGUGAAGGGGUUAGGGUGAAGGGGUUAGGGUGAAGGGGUCAGGGCUCCACUAACUGUGUGUGUGUGUGUGUAGGUGAUCCAGGGAGCGGUGAAGGGCCUCCAGUCCUCUCUGUGUGGAGGGAAGUGGAGGUUUGGAGGCCAGGAGGAACUGGGAGCUCUACUGGCAGUUCUCAAGGUACACAUCUACUGUAUAUACACUGGGGUCCACAAUUAACACUGGAUCAAAUCAAUCAUACAAAUACUGACAUAUAUUGUUUGCUUUUUUUUGUGUCCAAUUAUAUUUAAACUGAUAUAAUUCCUCAGAGAAAGACAUUUUGUAAAACAAUCUUUUUAACAAAGUUGGAGUGGUCAAAUCCCCUGUUUUCAAUACUCCAGCCCCCUCCCCUUGUGAGGAUAAUGGCACUGAGCCUUUUUCUAAAAUGUUUUAUGAGAUUGGAGAACACAUUGGGAGGGAUCUUAGACCAUUCCUCCUUACAUAAUCUUUCCAGGUCCUUCAUCUGCCCUCUUCAAUUCAAACCACGUUUUCAAUGGUGUUCUUUGUGGAUUGUGAUGUGUGCUUGGGGUUAUUGUCUUGCUGGAAGAUCCACUAAAGGCCAGGUUUCAGCCUUCUGGCAGAAGCAACCAGGAUUUCAGCUAAAAUAUCCCGGUACUGGGUAAAGUUCAUGAUGCCGUUGAUCUUGUAUGUAUAUAUAUAUAUAAUGUAUAUAAUGUAUAAUGUAUGCACACAUGACUUUAAGUCGCUUUGGAUAAAAGCGUCUGCUAAAUGGCUUAUUAUUAUUAUUAUUAUUAUUAUUAUUAUUAUUAUUAUCUUAACAAGGGCCCCAGGACCAGUGGAAGCAAAAUAGCCCCAUAACAUCAAAGAUCCACCACCAUAUUUUACAGUAGGUAAGGGGUUCUUUUAAUGGCCCAACCCACCAUUGGUGUGUGGCCAAAUAGCUCUAUUUUUAUGUCAUCUGACAACAGCACCACCUGGAGUUUGAUAAACAGCAUUGACACACUUGGAUUGGAACAUGCCCGGCUUGGGGGUGUCGCUCGUCAUGGAGGAGGAGAGGGGCUUCAAGGAACAGAGCGAGCGAGAGAGAGAGAGAGAUUUGGUGGCCUUUCUGGAGGACAUUCUGGUCACACACUCAGAUUGACAGGAUACUGGAGUAUUGAAAACGGGGAAUCCAAUCAUUUUCACCUGUAUCUUUUUGAGAUUUGUUUUAUUUGUUAAACAAAAUCUAUUUCUCUGAGCAAUUGUAUAAAAUAUAAUUUGUUCAUAAUUUUGGUCAGGAUUUGUAUUUAGUUUAUAGACUUUCUUGCUCAUCUUUAUCAAGGGAGGUAGUUCUGGACCCCACUGAUCGGUUGGUUGAAUUUAUUAGAUAAUAAAGAGCCAGAGAAAACAAUAGAUAAAGUAUUGAGGACAGAAAGGUUGUAAUGUAUCUACAUAAAGGCGUAUUUCCGUAGUUUGGUUGUAAUGUAUCUACAUAAAGGCGUAUUUCCGUAGUUUGGUUGCAAUGUAUCUACAUAAAGGUGUUAAUGUGUGUUGUACAGAGGUUCAUGUUCCAUGGUUGUCCAGGAGUGUGUGUGGAGUGGCCGUCCGUGCUGUACCCCGCUCCCCUGCCUCAGUACGAAACCUGCAGCACCCCCAAACCCCCCGAACCUCCACGGAACCCCCCCACCCAGACCUCAGGGGUAAGAGACGGUGUCUGAUGUAGACCAGAGGGCUGAUGGGAACUGUAGUACGGAGGUCCACAUUUCAUCUUGGAGGGCAGGAUCACAACUGGUUUCCAUCCUUUGAUCCAGUAAAGGAGAUAAACAAAUAUUUCUCCUCUCCCCCUCUCUUCUCUCCCCUUCUUCUCCCUCUCCUCCCCUCUCUUUCCCUCUCCUUCUCCUCUCCCCCCCUUCCUCGCUCCUCCUCUCCCCCUUCUCUCUCUCUCCCUCCCCUUCUCUUCUCCCUCUCAACCCCUGCUCUCUCUCUCUCCUCUCACCCCCUCUCUCUCUCUCUCCUCUCACCCCCUCCUCUUCUUUCUCUUCCUCUUCACACCUCUCCUCUCCUCUUCCUCUCACACCUCUCUCUCUUCUCUCUCCCUCCACCCCUCUCUCUCUCUCUCCACUCCCCCGUCUCUCUCUCCUCUCCCCCUUCUCUCUCUCUCUCCGCUCCUCCCCCUUCCUCUUCUCUCGCUCUCCUCCUCCCCCUUCUCUCUCUCGCUCUCCUCUCCCCCUUCUCUCGCUCUCCUCUCCUCCUCUCUCUCUCUCUCCUCUCCCCCUUCUCUCUCUCGCUCUCCUCUCCCCCUUCUCUCGCUCUCCUCUCCUCUCCCCCUUCUCUCUCUCUCUGUAGAAUAAGAAGAAGAAGUCUCGAGGACGGGGGAGGAAAGGAGGAGUGGAUGAGGAGAGAGAGGCAGAACCCGGGCUCCAGAGAGGGGGAAGAGGAGGGGAGGCCUGGUCUAAGACCCCUGGAGCGCCUCCUCCGGCCGUUCCAUCCCUCUAUCCGUUAUGGAAGAGGAGUAGCUCUGAUUCAGAGUUCUCUGAUCCUGAGGGAGCAGCACACAGUAAACUGAGGUAACACACUGUCCUGUUCUCUCUGUGUGUGUGUGUGUGUGUGUGUGUGUGUGUGUGUGUGUAGUAAUGUGUGUUCUCUCUCGCCAGGUUGUUCCAUGGCAGGGUGCGGCAGGGUGUGUUGCUGUGUCUCCUAGCCGUGGUGAAGGCAGUGGAGAGGAGAACGCUGUAUGGCUAUUGGUCGUCAUUCAUACCGGACGCUCCCAUUGGUGGACCACCUCCUCUCACACUGCUCACUGUCGUACUGAAGGACCCUUCACCUAAGGUAGGCACACACCCCCACCCCCACCCCCACCCCCACCUGUAUAGUAGGUAACCCUGGUCUCUCUCUCUCUCUCUCCAGGUGCGUGCGUGUGCCCUCCAGGUGGUGUCUGCGUUGCUGGAUGGUUCCCGUCAGUUCCUGGGCGUGGCUGAAGACUUGGCUCCGCCCAGAACCUCUUACACUCCAUUCUCCUUCUCCCUCGCCACCGCCGUCCGCGAGCUGCACCGCUCUCUCUCCCUGGCGUUGCUGGCCGAGGCCUCUGCCCACACUCUCACUCAGAUCAUCAAGGUGACUCACACACUCAGAUCAUCAAGGUGACUCACACACUCACUCAGAUCAUCAAGGUGACUCACACACUCACUCAGAUCAUCAAGGUGACUCACACACUCACUCAGAUCAUCAAGGUGACUCACACACUCACUCAGAUCAUCAAGGUGACUCACACACUCACUCAGAUCAUCAAGGUGACUCACACACUCACUCAGAUCAUCAAGGUGACUCACACACUCACUCAGAUCAUCAAGGUGACUCACACACUCACUCAGAUCAUCAAGGUGACUCACACACUCACUCAGAUCAUCAAGGUGUCUCACACACUCACUCAGAUCAUCAAGGUGUCUCACACACUCACUCAGAUCAUCAAGGUGACUCACACACUCACUCAGAUCAUCAAGGUGACUCACACACUCACUCAGAUCAUCAAGGUGUCUCACACACUCACUCAGAUCAUCAAGGUGACUCACACUCACUCAGAUCAUCAAGGUGAUUCACACACUCACUCAGAUCAUCAAGGUGACUCACACACUCACUCAGAUCAUCAAGGUGACUCACACACUCACUCAGAUCAUCAAGGUGACUCACACACUCACUCAGAUCAUCAAGGUGUCUCACACACUCACUCAGAUCAUCAAGGUGACUCACACACUCACUCAGAUCAUCAAGGUGACUCACACACUCACUCAGAUCAUCAAGGUGUCUCACACACUCACUCAGAUCAUCAAGGUGACUCACACUCACUCAGAUCAUCAAGGUGACUCACACUCACUCAGAUCAUCAAGGUGAUUCACACACUCACUCAGAUCAUCAAGGUGACUCACACACUCAGAUCAUCAAGGUGACUCACACACUCACUCAGAUCAUCAAGGUGACUCACACACUCACUCAGAUCAUCAAGGUGACUCACACACUCACUCAGAUCAUCAAGGUGACUCACACACUCACUCAGAUCAUCAAGGUGACUCACACACUCACUCAGAUCAUCAAGGUGACUCACACUCACUCAGAUCAUCAAGGUGACUCACACACUCACUCAGAUCAUCAAGGUGACUCACACCACUCACUCAGAUCAUCAAGGUGACUCACACACUCACUCAGAUCAUCAAGGUGACUCACACACUCACUCAGAUCAUCAAGGUGACUCACACACUCACUCAGAUCAUCAAGGUGACUCACACACUCACUCAGAUCAUCAAGGUGACUCACACUCUCACUCAGAUCAUCAAGGUGACUCACACACUCACUCAGAUCAUCAAGGUGACUCACACACUCACUCAGAUCAUCAAGGUGACUCACACUCUCACUCAGAUCAUCAAGGUGACUCACACACUCACUCAGAUCAUCAAGGUGACUCACACACUCACUCAGAUCAUCAAGGUGACUCACACACCUCACUCAGAUCAUCAAGGUGACUCACACACUCACUCAGAUCAUCAAGGUGACUCACACACUCACUCAGAUCAUCAAGGUGACUCACACACUCACUCAGAUCAUCAAGGUGUCUCACACACUCACUCAGAUCAUCAAGGUGACUCACACACUCACUCAGAUCAUCAAGGUGACUCACACACUCACUCAGAUCAUCAAGGUGACUCACACACUCAGAUCAUCAAGGUGACUCACACACUCACUCAGAUCAUCAAGGUGUCUCACACACUCACUCAGAUCAUCAAGGUGAUCCACACUCACUCAGAUCAUCAAGGUGAUUCACACACUCACUCAGAUCAUCAAGGUGACUCACACACUCACUCAGAUCAUCAAGGUGACUCACCACUCAGAUCAUCAAGGUGACUCCACACCACUCACUCAGAUCAUCAAGGUGACUCACACACUCACUCAGAUCAUCAAGGUGACUCACACACUCACUCAGAUCAUCAAGGUGACUCACCACACUCACUCAGAUCAUCAAGGUGAACUCACACACUCACUCAGAUCAUCAAGGUGACUCACACACUCACUCAGAUCAUCAAGGUGUCUCACACACUCACUCAGAUCAUCAAGGUGACUCACACUCACUCAGAUCAUCAAGGUGACUCACACACUCACUCAGAUCAUCAAGGUGACUCACACACUCACUCAGAUCAUCAAGGUGACUCACACACUCACUCAGAUCAUCAAGGUGACUCACACACUCCACUCAGAUCAUCAAGGUGACUCACACACUCACUCAGAUCAUCAAGGUGACUCACACACCACUCAGAUCAUCAAGGCGACUCACACCACUCAGAUCAUCAAGGCGACUCACACACUCACUCAGAUCAUCAAGGCGACUCACACACUCACUCAGAUCAUCAAGGCGACUCACACACUCACUCAGAUCAUCAAGGCGACUCACACACUCACUCAGAUCAUCAAGGCGACUCACACACUCACUCAGAUCAUCAAGGCGACUCACACACUCACUCAGAUCAUCAAGGCGACUCACACACUCACUCAGAUCAUCAAGGUGACUCACACACUCACUCAGAUCAUCAAGGUGAUUCACACACUCACUCAGAUCAUCAAGGUGACUCACACACUCACUCAGAUCAUCAAGGUGACUCACACACUCACUCAGAUCAUCAAGGUGACUCACACACUCACUCAGAUCAUCAAGGUGACUCACACACUCACUCAGAUCAUCAAGGUGACUCACACACUCACUCAGAUCAUCAAGGUGACUCACACACUCACUCAGAUCAUCAAGGUGACUCACACACUCAGAUCAUCAAGGUGACUCACACACUCAGAUCAUCAAGGUGACUCACACACUCAGAUCAUCAAGGUGACUCACACACUCACUCAGAUCAUCAAGGCGACUCACACACUCACUCAGAUCAUCAAGGCGAUUCACACACUCACUCAGAUCAUCAAGGCGACUCACACACUCACUCAGAUCAUCAAGGCGACUCACACACUCACUCAGAUCAUCAAGGCGACUCACACACUCACUCAGAUCAUCAAGGUGACUCACACACUCACUCAGAUCAUCAAGGUACUCACACACUCACUCAGAUCAUCAAGGUGACUCACACACUCACUCAGAUCAUCAAGGUGACUCACACACUCACUCAGAUCAUCAAGGUGACUCACACACUCACUCAGAUCAUCAAGGUGACUCACACACUCACUCAGAUCAUCAAGGUGACUCACACACUCACUCAGAUCAUCAAGGUGACUCACCACACUCACUCAGAUCAUCAAGGUGACUCACACACUCACUCAGAUCAUCAAGGUGACUCACACACUCACUCAGAUCAUCAAGGUGACUCACACACUCAGAUCAUCAAGGUGACUCACACACUCACUCAGAUCAUCAAGGUGAUUCACACACUCACUCAGAUCAUCAAGGUGACUCACACACUCACUCAGAUCAUCAAGGUGUCUCACACACAUUACUACACACACUGAGCCUCUGGACAUAACCUUUUGACAUAACCUUCUGUGUGUUCCAGUGCCUGGCUCACCUGGUGUGUAAUGCUCCGUAUAACCGUCUGAGACCCGGCCUGCUCAGCCCGCUGUGGAGACAGAUACGACCCUACCUACGACACAGAGGUAAACACACCUACGUAUGACACAGAGGUAAACACACCUACGUAUGACACAGAGGUAAACACACCUACGUAUGACACAGAGGUAAACACACCUACCUACGACACAGAGGUAAACACACCUACGUAUGACACAGAGGUAAACACACCUACCUACGACACAGAGGUAAACACACCUACGUAUGACACAGAGGUAAACACACCUACGUAUGACACAGAGGUAAACACACCUACCUACGACACAGAGGUAAACACACCUACCUACGACACAGAGGUAAACACACCUACCUACGACACAGAGGUAAACACACCUACCUACGACACAGAGGUAAACACACCUACCUACGACACAGAGGUAAACACACCUACGUAUGACACAGAGGUAAACACACCUACCUACGACACAGAGGUACACCUACCUGCUUGUGUGUGAUCUUACAGACGUUGUGUGUCCUCUUCUAGAUGUGAACGUGCGUGUGUCUGUUCUGACGCUGUAUGGAGCGUUGGUGUCGACCCAAGCCCCUCUCUCUGAGAUACAGCUGCUCCUCACACAGCCACACACCUCGCAGGAGACGGCGUUGAGCUGGAGACAGAGGGAGGGGUUUUCCACACCCUCACCACACACUCCACCCUCACACAAAUACCACAACUCACACACCAAACAGACACACUCUCCUCGGGGCUCACACACUCCAGGAGAGGAGGAGCCGGGCGUGCCCUGGCUGCUGCAGCUGUGUGUGUCGCUUGUCACUCAACCCAGAGAUGACCAAUCAGACAGCGAGGGUCCAGGAGGAGGGGCUACAGCUCUAGAGCCCUCCCCAGUUCGCCUGGAGGCCUUACAGGUGAGAAAGACACUUCAGCAAGCUAGCAUCAGUGGAUGGUUAGCUUGUAGCGAUCUAGCAUCAGUGGAUGGUUAGCUUGUAGCGAUCUAGCAUCAGUGGAUGGUUAGCUUGUAGCGAUCUAGCAUCAGUGGAUGGUUAGCUUGUAGCGAUCUAGCAUCAGUGGAUGGUUAGCUUGUUGCGAUCUAGCAUCAGUGGAUGGUUAGCUUGUAGCGAUCUAGCAUCAGUGGAUGGUUAGCUUGUAGCGAACUAGCGUCAGUGGAUGGUUAGCUUGUAGCGAACUAGCGUCAGUGGAUGGUUAGCUUGUAGCGAUCUAGCAUCAGUGGAUGGUUAGCUUGUAGCGCUUUAGCAUUAGUGGAUGGUUAGCUUAUAACGAUCUAGUGUCAGUAGAUGGUUAGCUAGAUAUUGUACAAAUAAGGUUAGAUAUUGUACAAAUAAGCUUGCAUCCUAAAUAACUAUUAUUAUUUGUAGAUCAGUUUGCUGGUUUUGACUAGGUGGGAUACAGCUACGACCGGAGCAGAUUAGGAUAACUAACAGGUUAGGAGAACUAACGCAGCAGGUUAGGAUAACUAAUAGGUUAGGAGAACUUAUAGGUUAGGGGAACUAACGCAGCAGAUUAGGAGACCUAAUAGGUUAGGAGAACUAACGCGGCAGAUUAGGAGAACUAAUAGGUUAGGAGAACUAACGCAGCAGGUUAGGAGAACUAAUAGAUUAGGAGAACUAAUAGGUUAGGAGAACUAAUAGGUUAGGAGAACUAACGCGGCAGAUUAGGAGAACUAAUAGGUUAGGAGAACUAAUAGGUUAGGAGAACUAACAGGUUAGGAGAACUAACAGGUUAGGAGAACUAAUAGGUUCGGAGAACUAACGCGGCAGAUUAGGAGAACUAAUAGGUUAGGAGAACUAACGCGGCAGGUUAGGAGAACUAACGCAGCAGGUUAGGAGAACUAACGCAGCAGGUUAGGAGAACUAACGCGGCAGAUUAGGAGAACUAAUAGGUUAGGAGAACUAACGCGGCAGGUUAGGAGAACUAAUAGGUUAGGAGAACUAAUAGGUUAGGAGAACUAACGCAGCAGGUUAGGAGAACUAACGCAGCAGGUUAGGAGAACUAACGCAGCAGGUUAGGAGAACUAACGCAGCAGGUUAGGAGAACUAACGCAGCAGGUUAGGAGAACUAACGCAGCAGGUUAGGAGAACUAAUAGGUUAGGAGAAAUAACGCAGCAGGUUAGGAGAAAUAUUGCAGCAGGUUAGGAGAAAUAACGCAGCAGGUUAGGAGAACUAAUGGGUUAGGAGAACUAACGCAGCAGGUUAGGAGAACUAACGCAGCAGGUUAGGAGAACUAACGCAGCAGGUUAGGAGAACUAACGCAGCAGGUUAGGAGAACUAACGCAGCAGGUUAGGAAUACUAGCGCAGCAGGUUAGGAAUACUAGUGCAGCAGGUUAGGAAUACUAGCGCAGCAGGUUAGGAGUACUAGCGCAGCAGGUUAGGAGUACUAAUAGGUUAGGAGAACUAAUAGGUUAGGAGAACUAACGCAGCAGGUUAGGAGAACUAAUAGGUUAGGAGAACUAACGCAGCAGGUUAGGAUAACUAAUAGGUUAGGAGAACUAACAGGUUAGGAGAACUAACAGGUUAGGAGAACUAACAGGUUAGGAGUACUAACGCGGCAGAUUAGGAGAACUAAUAGGUUAGGAGAACUAAUAGGUUAGGAGAACUAAUAGGUUAGGAGAACUAAUAGGUUAGGAGAACUAACAGGUUAGGAGAACUAAUAGGUUAGGAGAACUAACGCGGCAGAUUAGGAGAACUAAUAGGUUAGGAGAACUAGCAGGUUAGGAGAACUAACGCAGCAGGUUAGGAGAACUAACGCGGCAGGUUAGGAGAACUAAUAGGUUAGGAGAACUAACGCGGCAGGUUAGGAGAACUAAUAGGUUAGGAGAACUAACGCAGCAGGUUAGGAGAACUAACGCAGCAGGUUAGGAGAACUAACGCAGCAGGUUAGGAGAACUAACGCAGCAGGUUAGGAGAACUAAUAGGUUAGGAGAACUUAUAGGUUAGGGGAACUAACGCAGCAGAUUAGGAGACCUAAUAGGUUAGGAGAACUAACGCGGCAGAUUAGGAGAACUAAUAGGUUAGGAGAACUAACGCAGCAGGUUAGGAGAACUAAUAGGUUAGGAGAACUAACACGGCAGAUUAGGAGAACUAAUAGGUUAGGAGAACUAAUAGGUUAGGAGAACUAAUAGGUUAGGAGAACUAACGCAGCAGGUUAGGAGAACUAAUAGGUUAGGAGAACUAAUAGGUUAGGAGAACUAACGCGGCAGAUUAGGAGAACUAAUAGGUUAGGAGAACUAAUAGGUUAGGAGAACUAAUAGGUUAGGAGAACUAACGCGGCAGCAAGAUUAGGGAGAACUAAUAGGUUAGGAGAACUAAUAGGUUAGGAGAACUAAUAGGUUAGGAGAACUAAUAGGUUAGGAGAACUAACGCGGCAGAUUAGGAGAACUAAUAGGUUAGGAGAACUAAUAGGUUAGGAGAACUAAUAGGUUAGGAGAACUAACGCGGCAGAUUAGGAGAACUAAUAGGUUAGGAGAACUAAUAGGUUAGGAGAACUAAUAGGUUAGGAGAACUAAUAGGUUAGGAGAACUAACGCGGCAGAUUAGGAGAACUAAUAGGUUAGGAGAACUAAUAGGUUAGGAGAACUAAUAGGUUAGGAGAACUAACGCGGCAGAUUAGGAGAACUAAUAGGUUAGGAGAACUAAUAGGUUAGGAGAACUAACGCGGCAGGUUAGGCGAACUAAUAGGUUAGAAGAACUAGCAGGUUAGGAGAACUAACGCAGCAGGUUGGGAGAACUAACGCAGCAGGUUAGGAGAACUAACGCGGCAGAUUAGGAGAACUAAUAGGUUAGGAGAACUAACGCGGCAGGUUAGGAGAACUAAUAGGUUAGGAGAACUAACGCAGCAGGUUAGGAGAACUAACGCAGCAGGUUAGGAGAACUAACGCAGCAGGUUAGGAGAACUAACGCAGCAGGUUAGGAGAACUAACGCAGUAGGUUAGGAGAACUAACGCAGCAGGUUAGGAGAACUAAUGGGUUAGGAGAACUAACGCAGCAGGUUAGGAGAACUAAUAGGUUAGGAGAACUAAUAGGUUAGGAGAACUAAUAGGUUAGGAGAAAUAACGCAGCAGGUUAGGAGAACUAAUAGGUUAGGAGAACUAACGCAGCAGGUUAGGAUAACUAAUAGGUUAGGAGAACUAACAGGUUAGGAGAACUAACAGGUUAGGAGUACUAACGCAGCAGGUUAGGAUAACUAAUAGGUUAGGAGAACUAACGCGGCAGAUUAGGAGAACUAAUAGGUUAGGAGAACUAACGCGGCAGAUUAGGAGAACUAAUAGGUUAGGAGAACUAAUAGGUUAGGAGAACUAAUAGGUUAGGAGAACUAACGCGGCAGAUUAGGAGAACUAAUAGGUUAGGAGAACUAACGCAGCAGGUUAGGAUAACUAAUAGGUUAGGAGAACUAACGCAGCAGGUUAGGAGAACUAACAGGUUAGGAGAACUAACGGGUUAGGAGAACUAACGGGUUAGGAGAACUAACGCAGCAGGUUUUGAGAAAUGUACCGGACAUCCAUAUGCAUUGGGCAAUGCAUUAGGGCGUCCACAAACGGUGAUCAAAAUCACAUUUAGGUUAUUGUAAUUAUUCUUAACAGAAUAGAAAUGAGCCUGUAAAGGUGGAAUAAAAUGAAGUAGAGUGAUGUUCUCAUAGCAACAUGACAGGUUUUAUUGAAAAGCAAAACAUGGCCCUUUGCCUCUUCAUCCCUGCUAUAAAUCAGAAAUUAAUAUCUUUAAAAAAAACAAAAAAACAUUUAGCCUAGAAGAUGUCGCCUACAAUUUGUGAACUACCUGACCUAUAGGCUAUUUGUAUGAACAUUUUAAUUAAUAAAUAACAAAACGGCUGUUUUCAAAUACAAUCUAGGCCCCUCUAAUUUAGCCCCGGCAUGAACAUUUGAAUUGGGCCUAAUAAAUAACACAACAUGGCUGUCUACUAACACCAGGGCUGGCCCAUCCCACUCCCCACGCCCGGGGCUGGCCCAUCCCACUCCCCACGCCCGCUGUCUACUAACACCAGGGCUGGCCCAUCCCACUCCCCACGCCCGCUGUCUACUAACACCAGGGCUGGCCCAUCCCACGCCCGGGGCUGGCCCAUCCCACUCCCCACGCCCGCUGGGAUGACAACACCAGGUUUUACUGUUAAGCUAUAAAGCGUUACAUGGGCUUGCUCCUACCUAUCUUUCCGAGUUGGUCCUGCCGUACAUACCAAUACGUACGCUACGGUCACAAGACGCAGGCCUCCUAAUUGUCCCUAGAAUUUCUAAGCAAACAGCGGGAGGCAGGGCUUUCUCCUAUAGAUCUCCAUUUUUAUGGAACAGUCUGCCUACCCAUGUGAGAGACGCAGACUCAGUCUCAACCUUUAAGUCUUUACUGAAGACUUAUCUCUUCAGUAGGUCAUAUGAUUGAGUGUAGUCUGGCCCAGGAGUGUGAAGGUGAACGGAAAGGCUGGAGCAACGAACAGCCCUUGCUGUCUCUGCCGGGCCGGUUCCCCUCUCCACUGGGGUUCUCUGCCUCUAACCCUGUUGCAGGGGCUGAGUCACUGGCUUGCUGGUGCUCUUUCAUGCCGUCCCUGGGAGGGGUGCGUCACUUGAGUGGGUUGAGUUACUGACGUGAUCUUCCUGUCUGGGUUGGCGCCCCCCCCUUGGUUUGUGCUGUGGUGGAGACCUCUGUGGGCUAUACUCGGCCUUGUCUCAGGAUUGUAAGUUGGUGGUUGGGGAUAUCCCUCUAGUGGUGCGGGGGCUGUGCUUUGGCGGAGUGGGUGGGGUUAUAUCCUUCCUGUUUGGCCCUGUCCGGGGGUUUCUUCGGAUGGGGCCACAGUGUCUCCGGACCGCUCCUGUCUCAGCCUCCAGUAUUUAUGCUGCAGUAGUUUAUGUGUCGGGGGGCUGGGGUUAGUUGGUUAUACCUGGAGUACUUCUCCUGUCUUAUCCAGUGUCCUGUGUGAAUUUAAGUAUGCUCUCUCUAAUUCUCUCGUUCUCUCUUUCUCUCUGAGAACCUGAGCCCUAGGACCAUACGUCAGGACUACCGGGCAUGAUGACACCUUGCUGUCCCCAGUCCGCCUGGCCUUGCUGCUAUUCCAGUUUCAACUGUUCUGCCUGCGGCUACGAAACCCCUACCUGUCCCAGACCUGCUGUUUUCAACUCUUAAUGAUCGGCUAUGAAAAGCCAACUGAGAGACCUGAGCCCUAGGACCAUACGUCGGGACUACCGGCCGUGGUGACUCCUUGCUGUCCCCAGUCCGCCUGGCCUUGCUGCUAUUCCAGUUUAAACUGUUCUGCCUGCGGUUAUGGAACCCCUACCUGUCCCAGACCUGCUGUUUUCAAACUCUUAAUGAUCGGCUAUGAAAAGCCAACUGAGAUUUAUUCCUGAUUAUUAUUUGACCAUGCUUGUCACUUAUGAACAUUUUUGAACAUCUUGGCAUGGUUCUGUUAUAAUCUCCACCCGGCACAGCCAGAAGAGGACUGGCCACCCCUCAUAGCCUGGUUCCUCUCUAGGUUUCUUCCUAGGUUUUCGCCUUUCUAGGGAGUUUUUCCUAGCCACCGUGCUUCUACACCUGCAUUACUAGCUGUUUGGGGUUUUAGGCUGGGUUUCUGUACAGCACUUCGAGAUAUUAGCUGAUGUAAGAAGGGCUAUAUAAAAUAAAAUUGAUUGAUUGAUUGACCAGGGCUGGCCCAUCCCACUCCCCACGCCCGCUGUCUACUAACACCAGGGCUGGCCCAUCCCACUCCCCACGCCCGCUGGGAUGACAACACCAGGGCUGGCCCAUCCCACUCCCCACGCCCGCUGUCUACUAACACCAGGGCUGGCCCAUCCCACUUCCCACGCCCGCUGGGAUGACAACACCAGGGCUGGCCCAUCCCACUCCCCACGCCCGCUGUCUACUAACACCAGGGCUGGCCCAUCCCACUCCCCACGCCCGCUGGGAUGACAACACCAGGGCUGGCCCAUCCCACUCCCCACGCCCGCUGGGAUGACUCUGGUCGUGUGAUAUAUGCUGAGGGUUGGGGGCAUCAAUAAGGGAUCAUAGCUUUCACCUGGUCAGUCUGUCAAGGAAACAGCAGGUGUUCUUAAUGUUUUGUACACUCAGGUGUAUGUGGCUUAUUGAUAACUAGUGUGCCCAGUGAAUAAUCUCAAAUCCCUGAAUGACUAUCAUCCCAUCUCCUUGACCUCGGUGAUAAUCAAAUGUGUGGAGCGCAUUGACCUGGGACACCUGCUCCGGCACACAGAGAGCUUACUGGACCCGUUCAUAUUUACCAGGCACUCCUUUUCUACCUGGAUAAACCAUUACAUCCUUAUCUACUGGUGAACAAACUUGUGACCGUGGGCGUCAACGCACGUCUCAUCAACUGGAUCCGGUGUUCUCACCAGUCGGGUCAGAAGAGUGAGGUUCCAUGCGAAUACAUCAGACCCACUAACCACCAAUAUAGGGGUACCCCAGGGCAGUGUCCUUUCACCGGUUCUGUUCACCCUCUACACUAACGAUUGCACCCAAAUGACAUCAGAAUGUGCAACAGUAAAGUAUGCAGAUGAUAGAUUGUUGGUCUAAUAGGAUGAUUCACCCAAUGGUGCAAGGAAAACAGACUCAUUCUUAAUGUGAAAAAAAAAACAGGAAAUGACAAACUUCAGAACUAUAAAAGACGACACCGGGCCCAUCCACAUUGACUCAGAACAGAUAGACACUGGGCCCAUCCACAUUGACUCAGAACAGAUAAAUCAAAUCAAAUUGUAUUGGUCACAUGCGCUGAAUACAACAGGUGCAGACAUUACAGUGAAAUGCUUACUUACAGCCCUUAACCAACAGUGCAUUUAUUUUAAACAAAAAAAGUAAGAAUAAAACAACAACAAAAAAAGUGUUGAGAAAAAAAGAGCAGAAGUAAAAUAAAGUGACAGUAGGGAGGCUAUAUAUACAGGGGGGUACCGUUGCAGAGUCAAUGUGCGGGGGCACCGGCUAGUUGAGGUAAUAUGUACAUGUGGGUAGAGUUAAAGUGACUAUGCAUAAAUACUUAACAGAGUAGCAGCAGCGUAAAAAGGAUGGGGUGGGGGGGCAGUGCAAAUAGUCCGGGUAGCCAUGAUUAGCUGUUCAGGGGUCUUAUGGCUUGGGGGUAGAAGCUGUUGAGAAGUCUUUUGGACCUAGACUUGGCACUCCGGUACCGCUUGCUGUGCGGUAGCAGAGAGAACAGUCCAUGACUAGGGUGGCUGGAGUCUUUGACAAUUUUUAGGGCCUUCCUCUGACACCGCCUGGUAUAGAGGUCCUGAAUGGCAGGGAGCUUUGCCCCAGUGAUGUACUGGGCCGUACGCACUACCCUCUGUAGUGCCUUGCGGUCGGAGGCCGAGCAGUUGCCAUACCAGGCGGUGAUGCAACCGGAUGGUGCAUCUGUAUAAUGUUUUGAUGAUCUGAGGACCCAUGCCAAAUCUUUUCAGUCUCCUGAGGGGGAAUAGGCUUUGUCGUGCCCUCUUCACGACUGUCUUGGUGUGUUUGGACCAUGAUAGUUCGUUGGUGAUGUGGACACCAAGGAACUUGAAGCUCUCAACCUGUUCCACUACAGCCCCGUCGAUGAGAAUGGGGGUGUGCUCAGUCCUCUUUUUUUUCCUGUAGUCCACAAUCAUCUCCUUUGUCUUGGUCACGUUGAGGGAGAGGUUGUUAUCCUGGCACCACACGGCCAGGUCUCUGACCUCCUCCCUAUAGGCUGUCUCGUCGUUGUCGGUGAUCAGGCCUACCACUGUUGUGUCGUCGGCAAUCUUAAUGAUGGUGUUGGAGUCGUGCCUGGCCAUGCAGUCAUGGGUGAACAGAGAGUACAGGAGGGGACUGCUCAGACACCAGGCCCAUCCACAUUGACUCAGAACAGAUAGACACUGGGCUCAUCCACAUUGACUCAGAACAGAUAGACACUGGGCCCAUCCACAGUGACUCAGAACAGAUAGACACCGGGCCCAUCCACAUUGACUCAGAACAGAUAGACACCGGGCCCAUCCACAUUGACUCAGAACAGAUAGAAUUAGUUGAGCAAUACAAAUAUCUUGGAACUAUAAUUGACUCAAAACGCUCCUGGACUACAAACACACAACAGAUACACAACAAGGGACAACAACGCCUGUAUUUCACGAGGAGAUUAAAUAAAUAUAAGGUCAAUAAAAUAAUAUCAACCAUAUUCUACACAUCCUUUGUUCCGUGUUUUCACUUUCUGUUUCCAAGCCUGGUACAAUCAGCUAUCCAUCGCAAAUAAAAACCAACUACACAAAAUAGUGAAGCUGUCAAGCAGAAUCAGUGGAGUUAAUCUGAAGAACAUGGAAGCUGUUCUUGGAGAGAGUAGUGAGGGUAGGAGUGACCUGACUCAACCAGGAGCACCAGCUCCUCAACCAGGAGCACCAGCUCCUCAACCAGGAGCACCAGCUCAUCAACCAGGAGCACCAGCUCCUCAACCAGGAGCACUAGCUCCUCAACCAGGAGCACCAGCUCCUCCCAUCAGGAUACAUAGUCCAUCUUUACACACCUGAGACUAAUGUCCAAGCAGACAGAGGAUGUAUUAGUUUAUGAAGAAUAUUAGCCUUGGAAGUUGGAGCACAUCGACUGAAUAAAAAGCAUUCUUUUGCAUUAUUUCUUCGAACAAUUUGGCCUGCAACAAUUUUAUUUUAUUAGCUUUUCUGGGGGUUUUUUGGGGCCAAAAGCCAGCAUUUACUGGCUAAUGGAAACCUGUGUGUGUCUGUGUGUCUGUGUCUCUGUGUCUCUGUGUCUCUGUGUCUCUGUGUCUCUGUGUCUCUGUGUGUCUGUGUGUCUGUGUGUCUGUGUGUCUGUGUGACUGUGUGACUGUGUGUCUGUGUGUCUGUGUGUCUGUGUGUCUGUGUGACUGUUAGGUGCUAGCCCACCUGGUGCGCGGUUACUUCCCUCUGUGCCAGACGUGUCUGUGUGAGCUGGGGCAGCUGAGUGCCCGCUGUCUCCGAGAGACGGACCCCUCCAUACAACUACACGGAGCCAAGGUAACACACACACACACACACCACACACACACACACACACACACACACACACACACACACACACACGGAUCCAAGGUUGUAACACACACACACACACCACACACACACACACACACACACACACACACACACACACACACACAGAGCCAAUGUAACACACACACACACACACACACACGGAGCCAAGGUAACACACACACACACGGAUCAGUAGUUUGUUUAACAUAUCGAAUAAUGUGGAAAAAUGAGACAAACAUAACAUCUCUCUCCGUAGUUACUGGAGGAGUUGGGGACAGGUAUCAUCCAACAGUACAGAGCAGACAGCAGCCAGGCAGAGAGCUGCAGGGUCCAGAUCUCACAGGUACACCGGUGUUUCUGUCUGGCCGUCUGCCACACCUGUCCGUCUGCCACACCUGUCUGUCUGCCACACCUGUCUGUCUGCCACACCUGUCUGUCUGCCACACCUGUCUGUCUGCCACACCUGUCUGUCUGCCACACCUGUCUGUCUGCCACACCUGUCUGUCUGCCACACCUGUCUGUCUGCCACACCUGUCUGUCUGCCACACCU